GUUUUCAUUUAUUUGCUAAGCUAUUAAAUCUUUGGGGGUCUAUUAGUACUUUUACAAACCUAAAGGAGGUAAAGUGUAAAUAUACAUAUAUUAUCGUGAGAAGUUUAGAACAAUCUAGGGCCAAGGCUGUUAUUCAAACUUACGGAAAUUUAUAUAAACCUCUAUGUAUAUGUAUUUCAUUUCUCCCUCGUAAAUUUGCAAUAAAUUCUUAUUGCUUCAGAUUUCACUCCGACGUUGUCAGGAUCUGUUGUAAAGGAAUGCAGAGGGAAAGACAAAAUAGAGAGGAACGAACUUCGGAAGACCUAUUUGAUGGUCCUCGAGGUUUUGCAUCUCGUAGAGGCAUGAUGUCUAGUAUCUUUGGAGAAAGAGAUCCAUUUGAUGACCCGUUUUUUAACCGACCAUUCGGGAGUAUAUUUGAGCCUAGCAUCUUUGGUACACGUGGUUCUUUCGAUGAUUUGCCUCAUCUGAAUACGAGUAGUUCCAAGGGACUAGUUAUUGAAGAGAUGGGUACUGAUGAUGAAGGGGAAGAAACUGAAAGUGGUGAUCCUAAGCCCAAUAAUAGCAAAGCCCGCCAAGGUAGUGGCACGUCUGGCAAAGGUCCUCUUAUAGAACACCCUGAUGAUGAAGAAGAAGCAAAGAAGGGUGUGCAUGUCAACAAGAACUAUAACUGGGUUGAAAAGACCAAGCCACAGUCCCAUAGUGUUAGCUAUAAGAAAGUUACGUAUGGUGGAAUAAAUGGAACAUACUACACAGCCACAACAACCAGGAAGUCAGGCAGCGAUGGAGUGGUGCUGGAAGACAGCAAAGAAGCUGAUAAAACGACAGGUCGAGCAACACACAGGAUUUCCAAAGGGAUACAUGACAAGGGUCAUUCUGUCACGAGGAAACUUGGUUCAGAUGGGAAAGUGGACACAAUGCAGACCUUACACAACCUCGACGAAGAUGAAUUAACUGGUUUUGAAGAAGCAUGGAAAGGUAAUGCUGAGAGGCACAUCCCUGGAUGGAACGAAGAAUUCAACUUUUUUGGGAGAUCAGGGUCUAGUAGCAUGCACCCUUCUGGCUUGGCACUCCAGGCAGCAGACCGUUCUCAGAGCAGUGGAAGAGGGAGUAAUGACGAUGGGGCACGGACUAGUUCCUCCAGUGGCCGACCUAAAAAGGUUGUUACAAUCAACAUAGACUGAACACGAUGUGGCAGCUACUAUUAAUGGCUCGACAUGUGCAUUCGGAUAGGUGUGGUCCUAUACAUCAAAGUAAGUUACUUACUGUUGGUCAGGGUCAAGCAGGACAAGCUACUUUCGGAAAUCUGAUGUUUAGGGUUUUCUGAAGUUACAUGAAUGUUGUAUCUCGACAUCUUCUGUGAACGUGUACUAUGUACGAAGAAACACCGGGUGUUCCGAUUUUAAGCAUUUUUGUUUUAUUUUUAUAUUAAUAGUCUUGUAAUUGUGGAAAAUGAUGAAGAUUAGUGUUUCCAAAUAGAUUAUACUCAUUGAGGAAAGAUUAUUAUGAACA